CUCAUACACGCGGUGAGUCAAUUCAUCGGCAUUUUCGCAUCGAUCUAGUGGCUUUGCUUUUCGGCCCCCGAUGAUUUCCCACAAAAACACAGUCGAGUCCCCGCUCUGAUCGCCCGUGUUAAACGUUCAUUGCCAUUUCAUCAUAAGCGGGUCACGUCGCCUUUCGUUGACUCUAAUUCGAACUUGUUGAAGCUACUAAAGCAACAGAUAGGAACUACUACUUCUUCUCUAAUAGGAUCCAUGGAUAUUAUUUGACAAUUGUCUAUUGCAGUAUUAUUUGAUUGAGUGAUCAUGUGGCAAUUAAUAGAACAUUCAUAUUCGCAAAACUACUCAGUUUUUUGGCUGGCAGAGUUCUUCCACAGCUGGCCGCACAUCUCGUACAACGGACUCAAGAAACAAGACUCCACAUUUGAUCCUUCAAAUAAGAAAUAUGUUGAGAGUUUGAUCUUCUGGGCUGCCAUACCAAUUCUAUGGCUUCUCCUGACACUGGUUGUUUCACUGUUCUUCAGCUGUUGCUUAUGCUGUAAGAGACGACGGUCAGUUGAUCCCAGCCAGCCUAGACCAUCGGUCAAGUGUCCGCAGAGAUUUCUCAUCAUAGCAGGGUUUAUUUGCCUAGGGAUAUUAGGAGUUGGUUACUAUGGCAAUGAGACAGCUGCCAUUGGAAUCCAUCAUUUUGUCAACUCAGCCAAUGGGAUAAACGAAACUGUUACUACUGUGGAUUACAAGAUCAGUAAAAUUGAAGAUGAUCUUGAGAACAUCAUUCCAUCUGAGGUGGCAUCGUUAGAAAGUGAUCUGCGUUCGACAGUGACCAAUCAGACUGCUCUAGACAUCAUGCUUGAGAUGACGGAUUCCUUAACUCAAUCAUCUAAGAUGGCAGCUGGUAAUCUGAGUGAAAUCACAGAGAAGAUAUCACUUAAUGGAUUGGAUACCAGUCUGCUCAUUAGUAGAAUUGAUUACUAUGACUAUUUCAGGUGGAUGGGAAUGGUCCUCUUAUUGACCUUUCAACUUGUGACCUGUCUCUUUGUCCUGUGGGCAGCAUCCAGGUCAUCUAGAUAUCUAUUAGUCUUGUCCAGUAUCUUAAGCAUCGUGUGUAUCUUAAUGAUCUGGUGUUUGGUCGGAGCUGAACUCUUCAUCGAAGUGGGUCUUGGUGACCUCUGUGUUGCUCCUGAUCAGUAUAUCAUGACAGAAGCUGGUAAGACAUCACUAAUAUCACCUGAUGUUCUUGAUUACUACUUGAAGUGCACAGAUAACAUCAUUAAUCCAUUUAGCUCAUCAAUCACUGAAGCAAACAAUGAUCUUGCCACGGCUCAUAAAUCAGUCACAUCACUGGAAAACAUGGUCAAAGAAUAUUCCCCAUCUUCACAGACAUAUAUUGAUGCGAUUGAAGUAACAUUGACUGAUGUAACCGGGAAUACACAGCAAGUAACAGCACUGGUGGACUGUACUGGCAUUCACAAAGAUUACAUUACAGCCCUGCAUGGCAUAUGUUACAAUACAAUAGCUGGUGUUGGAUUCUUAUUAAUAAGUGGCAUAGUCCUUGGCCUGCUGAUGACAUUGAUACUGUGUAUGUCAUCUACAUUAGCAGCCAGGAUAGCAAGAAGGAAGAUCAAUUACGAGGUAGACCAGGAAGAUCCUUUCCUUCCUCCACCAACCUCGACGGCGACGUUGGAGAGAUUUAGAAGAAGAAAUCAAGAUGAGCCGGCUAGGGUCACGCCCCCUCCUCUUGCCCCCAUCUCACCGACCACUACCAGACCCCAUUCACAACAUGGUUUUGGCAACAGGUCGAUUCCAUCCCCUCCCCGGUAUCACAGAUACGAACCUCCCUUUGAUAUGGUGAACACCCGUCCCUCCGGCCGUACAUCCUACGUAUCACAUCAGAGAGAUAGUUAUUUGGAAGACACAGUAACACCUUCAAGAGGGAACUAUGACACACCCCCUCCCACUUAUACCAUGGCCAUGAGGAGAGAUGGGAACAGACGAACACCUGAUAGAUCAUCAAGGGAAGAAUCAUCCAAUCAAAAUAGGUUAUCAGCUGGAUCUGCAAGUCUCGUCUGACAAUGGCUUCUAUGGCAGACAUAAAAGUCUGCUCUAACUACAGGGACAAUUGAUUUCAGACAUGUGUCUGUUUGUCAUCAGAUAAAUGUCUGCUCCUCAAAAGACAUAAGUCUGUGUGUCGACAGAUAAGUCUGUUCAACUCCAAGGACAAUGAUUUCAGACAUGAGUCUGUUUGUCAUCAGACAAAAGUCUGUUCUUUAACAGAUGCGAAUCUGUGCGUCAACUUACAUCUCUUUAUCUUUCUCUUCUGUGGCAGACAUUAGUCAAUCAUCUCUAAACUCAUGUUACAAUGGGUUUUUAGAACUGUCUGCCUAUGUUCCAAGUCCAUUGGCGGUGGUUUCUACGGCAG